AUGAACGGCCGAACUGCAGUUAUCACAGCUCUAGCCGUCACCAUCCUUGGCUCUCUCUAUCUCAUUUACACCCCUUCAUCAAUCACCUUCCACAUGUCCCCUACCGGAGUUCCCGCGUCCGAAAACAUCCCCGGACUGGAAUUCAAGUUGUCGCAGAUCUCGAAGAAUCCUCCUUCGCUUCUAGUCACGCUUCGAAACAACAAUCCAUCGUCGACCUUUACAGUCCUGAAAUGGGGCACUCCCCUUGACCCUCAAGCGUCGAAUCUGGGCAUAUUCAAAAUGUUUGACGCAGACACGGGGAAAGAGGUCCUAAUUGACCGUCUGAUGAUAAAUCGCAAGAUGCCUCCGUCACGAGAAGACCUCCAUGAAAUUGCGCCUGGAACAGAACACGCAACCGAGGUCGUCUUCAACAAACCCUGGAUGCCCGCAAAGAAGCCAGCGAAGUAUCAGAUUAAGGUUGAAGGUCAGUUCAAGGCAGUAUGGGAAAAGACGGCAAGGGAAGUCGGAACGAACGAGCUCGAGGAGUUAGGAGGAAGCAAUGUACUGAUAAAUCGACCAUUCCAAAGCGAGGAGGUUCUUCUUACCGUGGAGUAA